UUCAAUAACCCACACAACAAAACCAAACCUAAGCCUUCUUCAUACGAUAUGAACAUAGCAUAAAUCACAUGACAGACAGAUAACAUAGAUAGGUAUCUACCCAAAACAGCCUAGCUUCCAAAACCAAACCGCAACCCAGCGGGAAAUACGUACAUCCAGACCCGACCCCGCGCUCAUUCAGAGGGCGGUCGACAGCGGCGGCGGGAGGGGCCUACCUAAUACCGCGCGAACGAGAUUUUGUGUCCAGAUAUAUCGAAUCCAUAAUAUCUUGAAUCUCUACCCCUCAUACCUCUAUACGUCUAUUUUUAUAUCCCUGGAUAUAUUACAAUGGCCGAAGUCGCCCAAUCGGCUCCUGCUGAAUCGCAGGCUAAGCAUGUUGUUUACUGUGGAGUUUGCACAUUGCCUCCGGAGUACUGUGAAUUCGGCGGCACGGCCAAGAAAUGCGAGGACUGGUUGAAGGAAGCCCAUCCGGACAUGUACCAGUCGUUAUAUUCUGAGGAAGCCCUCAACUCCAACCUCGCUACAUUGUCGGUAUCGGCUCGGGAGCGCGCAGCUAAGGAUGCGGCGAAGAAGGAGGCCAAGGCUGCUGCGGCUGAGGCGCGCGAUGCUGAGCGGAAGGCGGCGUCCAAGGUACAGAUUAAGCGGGUUGAGCGGAACAAGCGGAAACAUGUGACCGUUAUCACGGGCUUGGAUAUAUAUGGGUUGGAGAAUAAGAAGAUCGCCAAGGACCUGGGCAAGAAGUUUGCUACUGGCUCUUCGAUGACUAGGUCUGCGGGUGGUACUGAGGAGAUUACCGUGCAGGGUGAUGUGAGUGAGGAUGUUAAGGAAUGGCUGCUCGAGGUGUACGGGAAGGAGAUCCCGGAGGCCAAUAUCGAGCUCAUCGAGGAUAAGAAGAAGAAGAAGGCGGCCGAAGCGCCCUGAGGUGUAGUUGACGGGCCUAUGAAUGCAUAAUGUACAAAAAUGCUAUGCUGGGGGGACACUAUGGGUAUCAUGACAUUAUUUAUGGUU